CCGGUCGUGCUGGAGUCCCCCGUCAUGAACAUGCACAAUCCCGCCCUCUCGCCCAUGUCGAGGUUACAGUUCAACGGUCACAUUCACACACCGCCUGCGUCCGAUCACUCUAGGAAUGACGACGCUUCUCCUCUCGCCUCUACUGCCCCUCUUCCGCCCAUCCAAGGCCGGAACCCAAAUUCUCCCUUCCCCUUGGACCCAGCGCUGAGGGAGCGCAACGGAGAGAACGUCGACCCCACCGGUAACCAGAGCAGUCCAUCCGCUAAUUCGGAGCUGGCAUGUACCAACUGUGGCACCGUUACCACCCCUCAGUGGCGGCGCGGCGACGACGGCAAGUCCAUCUGUAAUGCAUGUGGCCUCUACUAUAGGACAAAGCACGUCCCUCGUCCACUAUCCCUCGGCCGUACUUCGACCGCACAGUCAGCCACACAUCCGAACGCAAAGCCUUCGGUCCCUCCUAGUCCCUUCCAAUCGCCGGCACCCGCUCAAGGCGCGCUACAGGAUCCCAACCGCCGCAAUACAGCAUCUCCUCCCUCGAUGCCCACUCCUGCAGCCUCUCCCUCGCUUCAGCAAGCCAGAGCCCAGCCUAGCGAUGGUCAUGCGCCCAAAGCGCCCGCCCAGAAGCACCAUAGUGGUACAUGUCCGGGAGACGGCCGCUGCGAUGGCACUGGAGGCACGUCAGCUUGCAACGGCUGUCCCACUUAUAACAACGCCAUUCAAGCAGGACUGGCGGACACCGCGAACGGGCAGACACCGCAGAAGGUCGAUCCGGCCCCGUCCACUGCACCCGCUCCAGCAAACGAGCCGUCGACCGAGACAUCUGGCCCGGACUCCUCCCCCGUCAUCAGCUCUCAGACCCCAGGCGGCAGUCGGUCCAGGGUACGCAGUGCGGUGGGUGCGCUCAGCUGCGCUAACUGUGGCACGAGCACUACACCCCUCUGGCGGAGAGAUGACGUUGGCAACAACAUUUGCAAUGCAUGUGGUCUCUAUUUCAAGCUCCACGGAACGCACCGUCCGAACUCGAUGAAGAAGACCGUCAUCAAGCGCAGGAAGCGCGUCCCCGCAGCGCCCGGGUCUCCCAGCCAGCAUGACCGCAUGACGGACCAGGCGGCCGCAGAGGUCCUGGCUAGCGUAGGACGCGCCGUUCCCUCCGGCUCAGCUGGCGCCCCAGAGGAGAGCGAGGAGGAGCGUCCGAAGAAGCGUACGCGCCGCCCGCGGGUAUCGAAGGCUCGUGAACGGGACGCAGAGGGGAUGGACGUUGACGAGGAUGAAGAGGAGGAGGGAAAGCCACGGAAGACGCGUCGCACCACGGGUGGACGCGCUCGCGGAUCCCGGGAAAGCAGCAACGUCACGCAGGCGGGCCAGUGGGGUGAGCAGAUGAUGCAAGGCAUGGGCGACCCGCAAAUGCUCGAGCAUCGACCUGGCAGCGCUGGCCAGCAGGACCAUGGCUAUGGUGCUGGCGCCCCUCGCGGCAACCCGUUCCCCCCGGCGCACGCCAACCAGGCGCUCCCAGGGCUCAUCGCCGCGCUCGGCCCCGACGUCGUUACGAGCCUCAUGAACUCGCAGUACGCCGGUGUUCCCCCUCCCCCGCCCAGCUACAUGCGCUCCGGAUCCGCCGGCGGUAACGUCGGUCCUGGCGGCGUGCCGAGCAGGACGCACUCGCCUCUCGCUGGCCACCAGAUGAAUGCGCCCCCCGGUGCGCACUACCUCCCCCCGCCAUUACACGUCCCCACGGCCUUCCCCGGGCCAGUGGGCCCUUCGUUCUACCACAGCGGCGGUUCGCAGGCGAUGCUGCCCCCGCCGCAGAUUAUGGACGGCCUGCCGCACGUCCCGAGCGCGGCCGAGCUCGACCACCACUACCGGGAGCUAGCGGAGGAGCGGAAGCGGUUAGAGGAGAUGCUGCAGCGGACGGACAGGAUGAUGGCGGGCGUGAAGCGCGGGCUUGACGAGAUGCGUGGUGCGUCCAGCAGCAGCCAGCAGGCUCCGUCCCAGGAGCCAUCAAAGCAGCAACAACCGUCGCCGCAAUCGUCGCAGUCCCAGCAACAGCAGGGUGAAGGUGCAGCUGCCGCCCCCGCAGUCCCGUUGGCGAGGCAGGAGAAGGGCAGCAGAGAAGGUGCGCCGGUGUGGCACGUCGCUCCGCCGCCCGCGUCGCAGGCGGGCGGACGUGAUUGAGCGUGGCGGCGAGGAUUGAGCGCGCUGGUGCGAUAUGUUAUGGACAUGUGCAAAAUGCCCGUUCCCCCUCCCCUCCCCUCCCCUCCUCACUCCGUUCCUCUGGGUUUUCGGUUUCGGUCGUGUCUAGCAGCGCUGCGCCUGUGCUCUUCUCGCUCCUCCUGCUUUCCUUGCUCCCUGCUCCCUGCUCGUGGUUGUCGGACUGUGUUAUUGUGCGCCGGAUAUUGUAUAGGCGGCUGCUGUAUGCCCGCCGCCGUCGCCCUUCUAUUAUGCGUGUAUGUAUAUAGCUGUGAUGGUAGUGUAGAGCGCUUUAUUCGUAUAUCCCGUGUCCC